AUGGGUAUUGCUCGAGAUCGUAUUCAUAAAAGGGCUAAGACUGGCGCCCGCAGAGAGCGAAAUCGCAAAAAGAGGAAGUUCGAAUUAGGACGCCCAGCAGCAAUGACAAAGCUCGGACCCAAACGUGUUCACACAGUUCGUGUCCGAGGAGGAAAUCUCAAGUUUCGUGCAAUGCGCUUAGAACAAGGAAAUUUCAGCUGGCCUUCUCAGGCUAUUAGUCGUAAGACGAAGAUCAUUGAUGUUGUCUAUAACGCUUCCAAUAAUGAACUUGUUCGAACAAAGACACUUGUCAAAGGAGCCAUAGUGCAGAUCGACGGAGCACCAUUCAGGCAAUGGUUUGAAGCUCAUUACUUAAAAGAACUUGGGCGGCGCAAGGUGGUUAGCAAAAAAGGACACGCAAUCGCACAGGAAAAUCCAGAGGAAGAUAUUUUGUUGAAGAAAAGAAGCAAAUCAGCUUUGAAGAAAUAUGAAACCCGUCAGGCAUUGCCUCAGGCGAAUGUUGAAGAACCUUUGAAAGAAGCAUUUGUUACAAGUCGUAUUUUAGCACGAAUUACCUCCAGGCCUGGUCAGAUUGGCCGAUCGGACGGUUAUAUUCUCGAAGGAAAGGAAUUGGAGUUUUAUUCAAAGAAACUGAAAGUUAAGAAAGCAAAAUAA